AUGCGCCGCGGCCUGCUGAUGGUCAUGGUUCUGCUGAUAACAGUCUCUCUACUGUUCAGCAGACGCGUGAGUUCUCCUUCUGCUCCCCAAUCUUCCCUGCCGCGCCGCCCCUCGAAACUCAGAGACAAAGUCCAAGUCGAAGUCAAGCCAAACGAACCCGACAAGCCGAUCGCAAACAGGUUCAGAUUCUGGACCCAUUCCUCCUCCCCAUCUUCUGAUCGGUCUGCGCUCGAGCAGCUCCCACGGCGGCGACACCGGCAGCUGCAGGAGCAGCUGCAGCACCAACCACCUCCACCACCACAACAACGACAAGACACCCACCCCGACGAUGGCUCGCUGCAACAGCCCUCCUCCAACGACUAUCCCUCCUACGACUACGACAAUGACGACGAGGACGCUGGCGAUUGGCUCCGUCAAAGAAAAGCAGAACUAACUCGCUCUCAGCCCGCAAAGAUUGCCGCUGUCGUCAUCGACACGCCGCCAGCUGCCGCCGCCGUCGCCCUCGCCAUGGCCGUCGACCAAGACCCGUCGCUCGCCCAAUCCACCGACCUCAGCCAGACAAAGACCCGCAAGCGCUCUCUCCACUUCCUCCUUCCCGCCACCCAACUCAACAAACUCGUCUGCAAAACACUCUUCUCCGCUGCCCUCAACGACUACCCUUCCCCCGUCCUCCUCAACUUCAACUCCGUCUUCCGCGACGCAGAGGAGGCCCGCUUCAUGAAAAUCGCCGCAAUUCACAGAUAUCUACAGCUCAAGGUCGACGACGACGACCUAGUCCUCAUCAUGGACUCCUACGACACCUGGUUCCAGCUCUCGUUCGAUACCCUCCUAAAGCGCUACUACCAGAUCCAGGAAGCCGAUCGCAAGGCUCAUUACGCAAAGUACGCCAGCGUUGUCGCGGCCGCUGAUGCCCAGUCAAAGGGUAUCUCCGUCUCCUCAUCAUCCGCCCCCGGUGGCGCGGCCAUGGAGAAGCGCGACGCCGAUCCUUUUGCCCAGGAUCAACCACAGUCAGAACAACAGCAGCAACUCGUGCCGCCAUACCAGGAGCAAGUCAUUUUUGGCGCCGACAAAGUCUGCUGGCCCAACGCGCGCAACUCUCCCGCGUGCAAAAAUGUGCCAAAGUCGACUCUUGAAGAUGACAUCUUUGGCGCGGACACUGACACCGAUCCGUACGAGUUCAAAGUCCGUCCUCGGUGGCUCAACUCUGGAAACAUCAUCGGUCCGGCUAAAGUUCUCCGAGAGAUCUACCAGCGGGCUUUUGACGUCCAGCAGCGGGCGAAAGUGCAUUUCUCUGAUCAGCUCAUUCUUGCCGAUAUCUACGGUAAAGGCGAUCUCCCGAUCCGCAUCGACUUUGAGUCGUUCCUUUUCCAGACCAUGACGCACUCCCACGUCGACGUCGUCUAUCUGUACGAUGACGAAAUCGACCGCGACGACGAGACGUUCUCGAGCGUUCGCGAUCCCGCGACGGGGCCCGCGACCGAGGAGUCUGAGAUUCCGGCCGAGUACCGCGACGAGUCGCUCAUCUCGGCCGCGUUCAUGCGCAACGCAUCCCGUCGUGCGUCCGAUAAGUACCUCGCCUGGAACCGCGUCAGCGGCCAUUGUCCUGUCGUCUUGCAUUUCAACGGCCCCAAGAUUGCGCUCGAGACAUGGUGGAACAAGAUGUGGUGGGUGAACGACCAGUCCCCCGUGCACCGCCUGCAGCGACUCAAGUACGCGCGCAAGACCGGCGGCGCUUUUGUCGACGACGACGGCACAAAGUUCACCACGUUCAAAGACAUGUGCGGCAAAUUCGACAUGUUUGAAUAUACCCCUUCGCGCUUCGACCAGGCGAAAGUGUUUCCGGGCCAAGCGCCCUCGCUUGAUCCCGAGCCGUUCAGGCUGGGCAUGAACCCGCGCAAGUCCCCGUCGGACGUGCUGGAUGAGCUCGCGGAGAUGAAGGAGCGCGAGAAAGCUAAGCUCGAGAAGCUCAAGUCGGACUUGUCGAAAUUGAAGGCAGACAAGGAGCGAGAAGAGGCGGCGAAAAUAGCAUAA